GUGGAAAAUGAAUGUAUGCGUCGUUGGUGCCGGGGUCGUCGGUCUGACGACGGCGCUGGAGCUACAGCGCGAGCUGCGAAACGCCAAUGUCACCGUCCUGGCGGACCGGUUCGAGCAGGACACAUGCAGUGACGUUGCGGCUGGCCUAUUUCGUCCCGGAACCAGCUUUUCCGGCCCCACGGACGAAAUAACCAGGAAAUGGAUUUCAGACGCGUACGGAUACUGGGACGAACUUCGCGCCUCGGAACAGUCGGCCCGGGCCGGUGUGUGCCAGUUGUCGGGUUACAUUUUUUCUAGCCGAGAUCCAGCCAUCGUUCGGAAUCACUACAUCGAGAAGGUGGUGCCCAUGUACCGGGCGGCCACGGAACAGGAGUUGCGCAUUUGCCCGGGCGAGUGGAAGUACGGCUCGUUCUUCACGACGAUCCUUGCCGAGUGCCGGCUCUUUCAGCCGUGGGCCACACAAAGAUUUGUCGAGAAUGGAGGCCGCGUCCUGACGGUGGCCUUAGACAGCCUGCAGCAAUUGAGCGGCAAGUACGACGUCGUCGUCAACUGUACCGGCUUGGGGGCGAAGCGAUUGUGCAACGAUCACAAGCUGGUACCUAUACGGGGGCAGGUGAUAAAGGUGCGCGCCCCUUGGGUGAAAACGGCCUUCUACGCUGACUUCGAUACGUAUAUUAUACCGGGCUUUGAGGGUGUAACGCUGGGGGGAUGUCGCAAUUUCGAUAGCUACACGACGGAGGUCUCCCGGUAUGAUUCUGCCGCGAUUCGAGAGCGGUGUGAGACGCUGCUACCGAGCCUGAAAGGAGCGCCUGUUGUGCGCGAAUCGGUGGGGCUGCGACCGCAUCGUGAUCCUGUACGCGUUGAAAUCGAAUUACUGCCAACAUCAAACGGAAAUCUGCGCGUCGUGCACAACUACGGUCACGGAGGGUAUGGCGUAACGACGGCACCAGGGACAGCGAAAUACGCUACGCAGCUCGUGAGGGAUGUUCUGAAAGCUAACAGCAAACUGUAAAACUCGUUAAAAGUGCAUGUUAGCUGUAACAUUCACUCGGAAAUAAAUAUC